GCAAGACAGUGGGCCAUGCGUGAACUCGGUUCCAAAAUGGCCGAGCUUAAAUUCGAGGCUCCUCUGGCAAAAAUGGACGAAACCGAUGAUUGGGCCGGUUGCGAUUUCAUUUCCAAUCAGAACACCAUCAAUGACUCGUUGAAUUUGAAUCUCAAGGAUCCGAUGAUGGCCCAGGAGAAUAAAAUCCGUUUGUUGGAGGAGGCCGUUCGGGAUGCUCAUGUCAGCAAAAAUGGUGGUGGCGGUGGCGUCUAUGGUGGCGUCAAUGGCACCAUUAGUCCCAAUUGCAAUACCAUGCUGAGCAAUGAAAUGACCACAAUGGGAUUGGAUGGUGGUAACACCACCUCCUCAUCGUCGGCGGCCAUUGAUUCGAAGAGUCUUUUGGAUGCCGCUGAUAAUUUCAGUGAGGCUUUCGGUGGUAGCCUCGAAGAUUUGGUCAAUACCUUCGAUGAGAAGAUCACCAAAUGUUUUGGUAAUUUUGAGGAAAAUGUUGAGGCGCUGGCGCCCGUACAAGUACGCAGUCAGGAUGAGAUUAUGAAUGAAUGCCAGUAAGUA